CAGCGGAAAACCAUCUCCCUGCAAGUGCCCCGCAUUAAAGUUCAACAUCGCAUCGCAAAAAGUGACUGGCUGGAUGCAACUGCUUCAUACGAGCGUCGACACAGCUUAUGAGAUAUCAUGUUCAUUUUGACAAAAAUUGCCGAUCUGGUGCAGAUUGCACCUGCACAAUUUGAGAAGCACAGCAGGGUUGCCAUAGAGAACAAUAUCAACGCGAAGUAUGCAAAUCGAGUCAUCCAGAAGAUCGGCCUUUGCGUCUGCAUGUACGACCUGCUCUGGGCUUCUGAGGGUCUGAUCGGUCAUGGCACUGGACUUGUCAAUGUGAACGUCGAGUUUCGACUCAUUGUCUUUCGCCCGUUCAAGGGCGAGACGCUGCUCGGCAAAAUAAGCAGUGCAAGUCCAGAAGGUCUGAAUAUCCGAACCGAUUUCUUUGAAGAGAUAUUCGUCCCUUACAAAGAAUUGCCAGACGGCUCUGAAUUUGAUCACAAUGAGCAAUCCUGGGUCUGGGUCGUUGAAGAAAACCGCAUGUACUACGACAAGAACGAGAUGGUCAGGCUACAGGUGAUUGACGAGGAAUGGCAUGACCAAAUCCCCGAAAGCACGUCCGAAGAGGCAGUUGAAAAGGCCAAGAAGAUCUCGCCAUACAGCAUUCGGGGCAGCAUGAUGAAGGAAGGCCUCGGUGUCUGCUUGUGGUGGGAGUGAGGAGUUUCGACACUGGUGGGAAAACCGCAAUGCAUUUGGGUCGGCGUUUCUGGUAAUGUUGCUUGCAUCAUAGGGAUGGGCAUUGACGGUGCUACGCUUGCAUUCUAUUUAGACUUGAUACCCUGGAGCAAUCUUUCCUCAACCCCAUCUAGAACCGAGUAAUGGUC